AUGGCGGCGCCCGUGUCCGAGCGGCUCUUCUCGCUGGAGCUGCUCGUAGACUGGGUGCGUCUGGAAGCCAGACUGACGCCGCCGCCGCCGCCCGUAGUCGAGGCGGAGGAGGAGCGGGAGCAGGAGGAGGAGGCAUCGCCGCCGCCAUCGCGCUCCCUGUGCCCCGCCGUGGCCUUCCGCCUGCUGGACUUCCCCACGCUGCUGGUUUACCCUCGCGGGGGGCCCGCUGCGCCUGCCCCGGAGCCCCGGCCCGGUCUGCUCAGCUUCGGUCGCGGCAAGUCCUGCCUCUUCCGCCUGCCCCCCGCCACCCUGCGCCGCCGCCUCCUGGAGACCCCGCUGUACUCCUUGCUGCUGCAGCUGCCCCCCGGUCGGCCGACUCCUGCCCCGCAGCUCCUGGGCACCUGCAGCAUCUCGCUGGCCGUCGCGGCCCGCGAGGUGCUGGGGCCGGUCGCCUCCGGCUGCUCCCACGGCCAUCGAGGAAAUUUCCCUCUGCACAACCAUGUAGGGGAGCGUAUUGGGGAUAUCUCGCUGGCCUACCGCCUGACUGACCUGGGGGGCAGCUUGCUGGGCCACCUGCAGCGGCCCGUCAUUUCCACAGAAGGCGGCGAGGAGGGCGCAGAGGUGUGGGAGACAGCGGAGGUCCGGUCCCAAGCCCAGCAGGAAAAGCCGCUGCAGCAGCCAGGCUCAGACCCAAGCCCCAGAGAUGCUGAUAGGCCUCUGCAGGGUUUAAAACAUCCGAAGGCCCAGGAGGAUUUGAAGGAAACAGUUUUCCAUAGUAAGGCCAACUCUGAUAACACGGGUCUUGUGGAGAAGGGCAAAACCAACUCGGUUUGUUCAAGUGCCAGUGGUGUGGAGCGUCUCAGCCCCCCAAGUCAGGAAGUCUCAGGGCUGGACAUUGAAACGAACAUAUUUUGCCCUCCUCCUCUGUAUUACACUCACAUGACCCAAGAAAAGAGGCCUCCUCUGCAGGGUAAAAUCACCAUUAAGCCUCAAAUGCAUGUACCUGAGGAGUUGGAUGGUGCUUUUCCGGAAGAGAAACUCGUAAAUCCCACAACACCUACUGAUCUAAAACAUACAAAUUCUGCUGCAAAACAUGAGAGUCCUGCAGUGCUUAAUCCUCCUCAUGUUCAGGAUAUAGCAGCAAGUGAUCCAAAAACAUGUCACCCUCAAACUGAACAAGGUAGAAUUAAUACAAUAAGGCAGUUGCCUUUGUUAAAUGCUUUGUUGGUUGAGUUGUCCUUGUUAUACAACCAACCUGUGGCAAGUCCUACUCAUAUACAUCCUCACUUAGCCUGGUUAUAUAGAACUGAGGAUAAGAAGUCACCAGAAUCUUCUGACAAAUUCACAAACAAAUGUGAAUCAAAGAAAGAUAAGCUUUCUGUGGGAGAAAAUGAAAAGUCGUUGAGUCUUCAGUAUAAAAAGAACCAGAUGGGAAAUCUUAAGAAAGGUAAAUAUUUUGAAAAGAACAAUGGUGGCCCUCAAAAGAGAGUUUUAAGGGGUAAGCUGCUCUAUGGCUUAACAAAUACACUUAAACUACGUUUAAAGCAGACAAAUCCUGGUAUGUUAGUAGUACAUGAAAAGAGAGAACAGUAUAGAAAGAUGCAAGCACAAAUGUUAGAUGCAAAACUCAGAAUUCCAUCAUCUAAAGUUAAAGUAUUCAGCUUUGCAGAGCAACACCAGAAGCCACAUCAACUCCCUAGAGAUAAGUAUUUAGAAUCAGACACAUCUUUUGCUAAAAAUAGUGAUUCCUCAAAGCUAAUUAGUGGAGUUUUUUAUGACCUCAGCACAACUAAAGAAACUAAACUGAAAUGUGCAACUGAAAAGACAGUUAACUAUGGAGAAAAUAGGACGAAUAAUGGUUCUUUAGAAGAAAUUGUGAGUCCCGCAAAUUCAGUUAUUCAAGAAAGGUUUGCUAAUACAGAUAUUUUGGAAGGAAAAAUGGAAAUGAAAGCCCAAAGUCCAAUGGUUUUCCAACAGGUUGCAGUUGUUGACAAAAUUGUAAUAGAUAAAGAAAUAGAUGACAAGCAAGUCAAAACUAGUGGUAAUGAUAUUCUUACUGCAGAUGUGAGUGAAAGUAAGCCAAGUAAAAAUAGUUGCUCUGAAAGCAUCUCAGAACUAAAAUAUUCAGAAGACUUCACCAGCCCUUGCUAUUCUGAAGAUUUUUGUAGUACUGAGGACACUAGCAGAAUUUUACAGGGCCAUGGAAGUCCAGGGACAGAAAAUCCAAAACAUAGUCAAUAUACAAGUAAGUCUAGUGAAACAAGAUUGUACAUAAGGAAAAACAGCAAUGAAAAGAGUUUUAUUCUUAGCCCGCCAUUUUCAGCUGGAUCACCAGUACACUCAUCUAAAAGAUCUCAUAUGUCAAAGACUCAAGACAAAAGUUUGGAAGAGGCAUCUACUAUCUCUACCAGUGAUUUAUCUUCUUAUUGGACUGAGGAAAAAGAAAACCAGAUAGACCAAAAUACUAUGCAUAAUUCUAAAGUUAGAAAGAGUGGUCAAGACAUCUCUGUUAAACUUAAAACAACUGACUGCAAGUCUGUAGAAAAAAGCCAGUCAACUCGGACAUCUCAAGUGAGUUCUUAUCUGCCAUCCAAUUUGUCAGAACACAGUAAAGCAGAUCACUUUGAAGAAGACAGCGAUGAAAUUGACUCACUAAAUAUUUCCAAGCAAUGCAAAGAUAUUUGUGAAUUAGUAAUGAAUAAACUUCCAGGAUAUACAAUGUAA